GGCUUUUCUGUUCAUGGAGAGCUUAUUCUGAGAGCUAAAGAAGCCGGUUGGAUUCCCUGUCGUGCAUGCGAAUAACUUCGCCUUUCCUAACCCACCCUCUGCCUGUCCAUGUGUCCAUGGCUAACAGCGCAUGGAAUUGGAUCUGAGGGACGGGAGGCUCUUAGAGCCUUGAUGUUUCCCCACAACCAUCUUGACCUUCGGGGAGUUAAGAUCCAGAUUUUAAGAGCGGCUCUCAGGGGCGUUGAAUGUAGUAUCUGUGGCGACUGACGCAUUUUUCGUGAACUGUGGAAUUAUUUACUGUGUUUUUAAACAGCAGAACUUCCGUUAUUAAAUUCCUACCUGGAGCCUCAAUGUGUCAAACAGAUAAAAGCGGAGCUGCUGUAGGUGAAGUGGGUCUGGGGAUCCCACAGCCCAGCCUACUCUGCAGCUUGGUCUCGUUGAUCCUCCGUCCAGCCCCGCUCUCCGUAGCCGUGGCCCUUUCUCGGGUCCAAACCCAGCCUCGGUCUGUGUGUCCUCCUUGGUAGGGCCCCUCUCCCGGCUCCACCCUGCACGCAGGUGGCAAGCGGCUCCUCUGCCGAUCCUCUCCCCAGCUUGCCUGCUGUGGCCUGGCCCACAUGGCUGGCUGUAAUCGUCCCCAGGCGGAGGUUUUCAGCACUGCCCUGCCGCGCACACCUUCGUCCCGGCCUCCUGGGGCCCUCCACACGCCACUGUUCUUUGUGCCUCAGCGCCCUCACCUGGCCUGACAGUGAGCAGGGCUUUCCGGGACAUUUUUCUUUACCUGGGGGAGACAGACUUCAGUCUAACUCUUGGUGAGGGUUGGCCUCAAGCCAUCUGCUGGGGUGGCUUCUAACUUUACCCAAAGAUGCCUUGUCACGAAAGCCAAAGAUGCCAAAUUGUUAACGUGGCAUGAUGGACUUACAGAUUCUGGUUUUCUUUCAUAUUUUAGCUUUUAUAUAAGAAACAUUAUAAAUAAUAUGCUGGUAUCAUUCACUUACGGAGUUUUUAAAGUAAUGCCGACUUUUAUUACAUUACUUUGAGCCAGUUUUUAAGGCACUAGUUUUAUUUAUACUUUCGCCAAAAACAGUCAUUUUCAUCAGUCGUCAGACAUCAUGCUAAAUGAUGGUGGACUGCAUGCAAAACUCGUAUCUCCCAUCAGAUGAUGGAGUUUGCUGUCACUGAGGGCAGCCGAGUGACGGCAGAAACUGACUUUGAUGGUAAAGAACAAUGAAUUCUGUUAUUUGCUGCCCCAAAAGUCACACUGCUUUGGAGUAAUUCCUUCUUUAGCAUGAACCAGACAAUUCUGCCUCGUGUGUAACGUGACCUCGGACUCCCUCGGUAGACUCCCCUUCACGACAUGAGGACCAUGCAUUGUCGGAUCCCUCGUGCUUGGAGAAGUGCCUGAUGCUCUUAAAAAACUGAGCGUCGUGGAGCAGCAGAAGAUCGACAAGCUGAUGAUAGAGAUGGAUGGCACGGAAAAUAAAUCCAAGUUCGGUGCGAACGCCAUCCUGGGCGUGUCCCUGGCUGUGUGCAAGGCUGGCGCCGCUGAGAAGGGGGUGCCCCUGUACCGCCACAUUGCCGACUUGGCUGGCAAUGCCGAGGUCAUCCUGCCAGUUCCGGCUUUCAACGUCAUCAAUGGGGGCUCUCACGCUGGCAACAAGCUGGCCAUGCAGGAGUUCAUGAUCCUCCCCGUCGGGGCCGAAAACUUCCGGGAGGCCAUGCGCAUUGGAGCGGAGGUAUACCACAACCUGAAGAAUGUGAUCAAGGAGAAAUACGGGAAAGACGCCACCAACGUGGGAGACGAAGGCGGGUUUGCUCCCAACAUCCUGGAGAACAAAGAAGCCCUGGAGCUGCUGAAGAACGCCAUCGGGAAGGCGGGCUACACCGAUAAGGUCGUCGUUGGCAUGGAUGUGGCCGCCUCUGAGUUCUUCAGGUCAGGCAAGUAUGACCUGGACUUCAAGUCACCCGAUGACCCCAGCAGGUACAUCACACCCGACGAGCUGGCCAACCUGUACAAGUCCUUCAUCAGGGACUACCCAGUGGUGUCCAUCGAGGACCCCUUCGACCAGGAUGACUGGGAAGCUUGGCAGAAGUUCACUGCCAGCGCGGGAAUCCAGGUGGUGGGGGACGACCUCACCGUGACCAACCCCAAGCGGAUUUCCAAGGCUGUGAGCGAGAAGUCGUGCAACUGCCUCCUGCUCAAAGUGAACCAGAUCGGCUCCGUGACUGAGUCCCUGCAGGCGUGCAAGCUGGCCCAGUCCAAUGGGUGGGGCGUCAUGGUGUCGCAUCGCUCCGGGGAGACUGAAGACACCUUCAUCGCCGACCUGGUGGUGGGACUGUGCACUGGGCAGAUCAAGACUGGUGCACCAUGCCGAUCCGAGCGCUUGGCCAAGUACAAUCAGAUCCUCAGAAUUGAAGAGGAACUGGGCAGCAAGGCCAAGUUUGCCGGCAGGAACUUCAGAAACCCCCUCGCCAAGUAAGCUGUGGGCGGGUGAGCCCUGUGGUCACUCGUCGGCUAAUUAGACCUGCUCCUGAUGUCACCUGGGCAGCUCAAGGCCCCCGCCGAUGCUCUGAGGGGCCUCUGAUAGUUAACUGCCCUCUCCCCUUCCUGUGACAUUCUCACUGCUGCUUUAGACCCGCUGCAGAAGCCGAGCUUGACCACCUGGAACCCUGCUGGAAACCCUAGCUCUCUAACUAUAUAAUUGGCCCAAAUCAUUGUUUUUCUCACCUCGCUUCCACCAAGUGUCUGGAGCCAUGUGUGUCUGCAUUGUAAUCUCCGAGGUGUCCACAGGCAAGAUCCCCGGUGGUUUUGUGUGCAAAAUAAAAAGGCCUCAGUGACCCAUA